AUGGAGCGGUCGGGGGGCUCUGUCAGGCACGUCCCGAAUCCGCUGUCUAAAGGCUUAUUGAGCCGCCGCGGUCUCUCCGGGCCGGCUUCGGUCCCAGCCGGAGGAGGAGCCGUUGCCGCUGUCGGUGGGACGGGCUUGGUGGACGCCGCCGAGAGAGAGGCGUUCGAGAGGGGGCAGACCGUCAGCAUCAACAAGGCCAUUAAUGCUCAGGAAGUCGCCGUCAAGGAGAAACACGCCAGAACAUGCAUCUUGGGGACGCACCACGAGAAAGGAGCCCACACCUUCUGGUCUGUCGUGAACCGCUUGCCUCUCUCCAGCAAUGCUGUACUCUGUUGGAAAUUCUGCCACGUCUUCCACAAGCUCCUCCGUGAUGGACAUCCCAACGUCUUGAAGGAUUCCGUGAGGUACAAGAGCGAGCUCAGCGACAUGAGCCGCAUGUGGGGCCACCUGAGCGAGGGCUAUGGGCAGCUGUGCAGCAUCUACCUCAAACUGCUGAGAACCAAGAUGGAAUUCCACACAAAAAAUCCCAGGUUCCCUGGAAACCUCCAGAUGUCAGACAGGCAACUCGACGAGACGGGCGAGAACGAUGUUAAUAAUUUUUUCCAGCUCACUGUGGAGAUGUUUGAUUACCUGGAGUGUGAACUGAACCUCUUCCAGACAGUGUUCAGUUCCUUGGACAUGUCUCGCUCAGUGUCGGUCACCGCUGCUGGGCAGUGCCGGUUGGCCCCCCUUAUCCAGGUCAUCCUAGACUGCAGCCACCUCUAUGACUACACCGUUAAGCUUCUCUUCAAGCUCCAUUCCUGUCUCCCAGCUGAUACACUCCAAGGCCACAGGGACCGUUUCCUGGAGCAGUUCAAGAAGCUGAAGGAUCUGUUCUAUCGCUCCAGCAACCUGCAGUAUUUCAAGCGACUGAUUCAGAUCCCUCAGCUGCCCGAGAAUCCCCCUAACUUUCUGCGGGCCUCGGCACUCUCUGAGCACAUCAGCCCUGUUGUCGUCAUCCCAGUGGAAGCCUCGUCCCCUGACAGCGAGCCGAUCAUGGACCUCGUAGACAUGGAAACGUCCUCGCAGCAGAGUCUCCCUGAAAAUAAGUUUGAUGACAUCUUUGGCAGUUCAUUCAGCAACGAUCCGUUCAACUUUAACAGCCAGAAUGGGAUGAACAAGGAUGACAAGGACCAGUUGAUUGAGCAGCUGCACAGAGAGAUCGGCAAUCUCAAGGGGGAGCUGAAAAACUUCAAGGCUGAGAGUCGCCGUCUGGUGGUGCAGCUGAAGGGGCGGAUCAGCGAGCUGGAGGCGGAGCUGGCGGAGCAGCUGCACCUCAAGCAGCAGGCCCUGGAUGAGGGCGACUUCCUGCGGACCGAACUAGAUGAGCUGAAGAAGCGGCAUGAAGACACUGAGAAAGCUCAGCGCAGCCUGACGGAGAUUGAGAGGAAAGCGCAAGCGACAGAGCAGCGAUACAUGAAGCUAAAGGAGAAGUACAGCGAGCUGGUGCAGAACCACGCGGACCUCCUACGCAAGAACGCUGAAGUCACUAAGCAGGUGACGGUGGCAAGACAGAUCCAAGGGGACGCAGAACGAGAGAAGAAAGAGCUGGAGGACUCCUUUCAGCAGCUGAGCAAGCAGGCCCAGCGGAAGACACAGGAGCAGGUGGAAGUCUUGGAGACGUUGAAGAGGGAGCUCGUGGCCAGCAAGCAGGAAAUUCAGAACCUCAGAAGUACUAUUGAGUGUGGUGCGCAGUCGGAAGCCGAGCAAAGCAGCCAGCUGGCCUGCCUGCAGGAGGAGAGAGACACCCUUGCCGAGACGGUGGCCCAGCAGGACCAGCAGAGGGCAGCCUUGCAGGCUGAAGUGGAGCAGCUCAAGGCCACGCUGGAGAGGGAGAAGGAGAACGGCAGCAAGACGCUGGAAGAGCUGCAGUGCCGCCUGGGGGAAAGGGAGCGCAACACACAGGACCUCCAGCAGCAGCUCCUGGACAAGCAGUUUGCUCUGCUGCAGUGUGCCUUGGCGGAGGCUGAGCAGAUGGUCCAGGAUGCCUUGAAUCGACUCGAGGAUCCCGUUCACAUCAGCUGCACGAGCUCUGCAGACUACCUUCUGUCCAGGACGCUGGCUGCUUUGAAGUGCACCGAGCAGCUCGAGGAGGCGUGCAGCCAGUACCUCACAGACCGGUCAGAUGUGAGCUCCCUACUGUCAAGUGUGGCUCUCUUUGCCCACCUGACUGGAGACACCAUCCUGCAAGCCAGCGCCACGUCGCACAUGGCCCCCAUGGAGCCUGCUGACCUUCUGUUGGAGGCCUGCAGACAGUGUGGGAACGAGGCCCUGCGCUAUCUAGGGACCCUGAAGGACGCGGCCUCGCUAGAGAGUGCCGACUGCUCAGCUGUCAGGAACUGCCUCAGCCAGAUUGCCACAAUUGGAGAGGAGCUGCGCCCUAAAGGCCUGGACAUCAAGCAGGAGGAACUGGGGGACCUGGUGGACAAGGAGAUGGCAGCCACAGCGGCAGCCAUUGAGACGGCUGCAGCCAGAAUUGAGGAGAUGUUGAGCAAAUCGCGGGCAGGGGAUACCGGAGUCAAGCUUGAAGUCAAUGAGAGGAUUCUAGGCUCCUGCACAGGCUUAAUGCAGGCCAUCCAAAAUCUGGUUCUGGCUUCCAAGGACCUCCAGCGAGAGAUUGUGGAGAGCGGAAGGGGAGCAGCAUCCCCCAAGGAGUUCUAUGCCAGGAAUUCCCGGUGGACAGAGGGGCUGAUCUCCGCCUCAAAGGCCGUAGGAUGGGGAGCGACUGUCAUGGUAGAUGCUGCUGAUCUCAUGGUUCAAGGCAAAGGGAAGUUUGAGGAGCUGAUGGUCUGCUCUCAUGAAAUCGCAGCAAGUACAGCUCAACUUGUGGCUGCUUCAAAGGUGAAAGCAGAUAAAGACAGCGCAAACCUCCGCAAACUUCAAGUGGCUUCUCGAGGAGUCAACCAAGCGACAGCAGAGGUGGUGGCCUCCACCAAGUCAGGGAAGUCCCAGAUUGAGGAGAAGGCAGAUAGCAUGGACUUCUCUGCCGUGACACUAACACAAAUCAAGCGCCAAGAAAUGGACUCCCAGGUGCGAGUCUUGGAGCUGGAGAAUCAGCUGCAGAAGGAACGCCAGCGCCUGGGUGAGCUGCGCAAGAAACACUAUGAGCUGGCAGGUGUGGCUGAAGGCUGGGAUGAGAAUGGUGCAGAUUUGGCUCCCUGAGGCAACCAGAGAAGAGGCCCCUUCUGCAGAUGUGGCUCCUUCCGAACAAGAACGAUGAACUAGUUUGGAACUUACCGCGAAGCCUGUGCCCACCAAGACAUUCCUCUCUCACGCUGGUCAGGCUAAGGUGCCCUGCUGGCCAAGCAAGUAGCAGUGAAGGCUGAAGAAGAGGAACGGUCGCUCUCUCCUAAGCAGCCUCAAUAGCAUUGUCCCUCCAUAGCCACCAGUCACCAGCUCUUCACUCAUAUGUAUUACAGCUUUGCAGCAUCUUUGCAGAGUUGCAUUCUCUCCCU